UAUAAACAUGUCCUCUGUUCCCCGAGCCUGCAAGCAAGGCUUGGUAGAAGCGACCAUACUUUGCCAUAGUCAAGAGAUACGAGGCGACAGGGCAAUUCAUUAUCAGUUUAGCAUCAACCAGUGUAAAACUUCGGAAACCAGGCAUUGAUUGUGCUGCGGCGAACUGAUGGACGAGCAAGCCCGAAUCAUGCAGGCUCUCGGCGGUGUCACUCUGGCUGGCCACACGGUACAGGGGGGCAUGGCAGGUCCGCCUCCACAUGGACACGAUGGCUCCGACGGGGACGGAAGGAAACAAGACAUCGGCGACAUUCUCCAUCAAAUCAUGACCAUAACAGAUCAGAGUCUGGACGAGGCACAGGCAAAAAAGCAUGGCCUGAACUGCCACAGAAUGAAGCCUGCCCUCUUCAGUGUUCUCUGCGAGAUCAAGGAGAAAACAGGUCUAAGUAUUCGAGGAGCCCAGGAGGAGGACCCUCCUGAUCCUCAGCUCAUGCGUCUGGACAACAUGCUGCUGGCAGAGGGUGUUGCUGGUCCGGAAAAAGGCGGUGGAUCAGCCACUGUGGCAGCGGCUGCAACAGCAUCAGGAAGUCCUACUGACAACUCCAUUGAACACUCAGACUAUAGGGCCAAACUCUCACAGAUCAGACAAAUCUACCAUACAGAGCUGGAGAAAUAUGAACAGGCAUGUAAUGAAUUCACAACCCAUGUGAUGAACCUGUUGCGGGAGCAGUCACGUACACGGCCCAUCUCCCCCAAAGAGAUUGAGCGUAUGGUCAGCAUCAUUCAUCGCAAGUUCAGUUCCAUCCAGAUGCAGCUCAAACAAAGCACCUGUGAAGCUGUCAUGAUCCUGAGGUCUCGGUUUCUUGAUGCCAGACGAAAAAGACGUAAUUUCAGCAAACAAGCCACAGAGAUCUUGAAUGAAUACUUCUACUCCCACCUCAGUAACCCUUACCCCAGUGAAGAGGCUAAAGAAGAACUGGCUAAAAAAUGCAGCAUUACAGUAUCCCAGGGGGUGGGAAGCACCAUCACAGUGGCACAGGUAUCUAACUGGUUUGGCAAUAAGAGGAUCCGCUACAAGAAGAACAUUGGCAAGUUCCAAGAGGAGGCCAAUUUGUAUGCUGCCAAAACUGCUGUGAAUGCAGCACAUGCUGUGGCUGCUGCUGUGCAGAACAGUCAGACCAGCUCCCCAACUACACCUACUUCUGGAUUCCAGAUGAAAGAUGAAGAAUUUCAAAUGGAUUCUGCUGAAAACAAAAACACUCUUUUAACCAGCAUGUUUACUGGUUCAUCAGGUUCUUUUAUCCUCCCAAACUCGGGGGAUAUGUUCAUGAGCAUGCAGAAUCUGAAUCGGGAUUCUUACCAAGGGCCACAAGUCGGAGCCAAUGCACAGUCACAGGUGGAUACUCUGCACCAUGUUAUCAGUCAGACAGCAGGAUACAAUGAUGAUCUGGGUGAAAACUCCAUUUACAGUCCACAUGGCAUGGAUCAGACUAAUGGGGGUUGGCAAGAUGCUGCGACCCCAUCCUCUGUGAUCUCCCCUACUGAAGGCCCUGGUAGUGUGCACUCUGAUACCUCAAACUAAUCUCUGUAUUGACACACUGACCAAUCAGGCACUGGUUAAUCAGAGACAUUAGGACAUACCAUCUUCACAAAUACAUUCAGCAGAUCAUUUGACAGCUUUGGUGUCUCUUUGAAAUUAAAUCAUAUGGUCUUAUAAGACUACUUCAGUUCAUUAUUUUACUAAUAAUUACUAAUACAUACUUGGAAAAUAUUUGUGUUGAUUACACAGUGUGUUUUUUAUUCUUUUCUGUGUUGUACAAAUAGCUGUGCUUCAUACUGUAUCUCAUUUAGACAUUUAGAAACAUUUACAAAAUAGGAACAUGAAUUUUGCCAGUAAAUCUAAUCUAGUCAGUUUAGAUACUAUGCUACAUAUGUUACAAGUGUUUGUUUCAGACUUUUGAAGAUGGAAUCCAUUUCUUUGUUCCUGUUUUCUUCUAUAACCACAUAAAUUAAUUGAUUAAUUAAAAUGAUGGAAAUUUUGUUUAAAGAAAACAUCACCGUAAAGUGAGUUUUACAAUGUAUGGUAUAUAACUUUUGAUACGACACAAAAUACAACUCUUGCUAUUAAAGCAGCAUGUAUAAAAACUCUAUUUUGGCAUGUCUCCAUUCAGAGACAAAAUUACACAGUCUUGUAUAUAACAUAGCUUAAGAGUAUUUAUACAUUUAACAAAUUAGUACAUAGAUUCAUUACCUCAUACUAAUAAAAUUGAUAAAAUUCCAACCCUACUACAUUUUUCUAGCUUAAAGUUUUUUUUACUGACUACCUCUCCAUAAUCCUCCACCAAGAUUUUUUGCCAUUCCACAUUGUAUUUCCUUUUUGUACAAUAUUAUGUAGGUGCAUCUUUUAAUACACCUCCUCUCAUGUAAUGUAAUCUUCUUUGUUGUUUACGUGAAGCAGAAACAACAACAAUAAUAAUAAUGAUAAUAAUUACAACAACAACAACAGAGAGUGAGAUAGAAAGAAAAUAAAGAUGAAUCAUAAUGCAAUGCAUAAAUGGUCUAGUAUACAAAACCGUACAUGUCAGGCCCUGUGGGACAGAACUUCCUUUCUCUUGUUUUGUAUUAUAUGUGACUUCUGAUACUAAUUUAAAAAGAUCAUGAACAUUUAUUUGUGGCAGUAAUUUUAAUGUUUUACUGAUGUUUUGUGUUUCUAACCAAACUACACCUCAGACUGAACAGUCUUCCUUGUGGUAGUUAUGUAUAAU